AUGUCUGAAGAAGGAAUAGAUAGAACACAAUGUUAUUGUGAUCCAGUAGCCUCUUGGGGUUUUGAUUGCGAUGAAGCAGGUUGCAGAGCUUAUGCAGCUGUCUUUUUCGUAGUCUUUUUGGCAUCCACUGUCGAAGGUUUCCGUCGUCUCUGGAUCCAACGUCGCAUGUACAAGAAGGCAUCGUUUAUCAGUACAACGCAAUUGACCAUUGGUUCUUUGUUUUUUACCUUGCGUCACAUUGAAAUGAUGGCCAAGGUCAGAGAAGUAUACUCAUUGUCGUUCUUCCUCUUGUUUGGUUUUGGCUUUUUCAUCUCUGCCUAUCUCUUUAUUCUCUUGGCCUGGUGCGACAUUAUUACUGCCGUCAACUUUUCAAAGACCAUCCAACGUGUCUUCCCAGGUAUCAAGUGGACCAUCAUCAUUCUAAAUAUCAUCCUCUUUAUCGGUUGGAUCAUCGCCAUGGCCAUCUGGUGGCCAUUCUGGAUGACCAACAUUUUCCUCGGCUUUUACGGAUUCGGUGUAUCUAUUGGCUACCUCGUCAUUGGUCUCAUCAUCUGGCUCGAGUUUAAAAAGGUCUCUGAUAUUUCUGCUCACGGUCAACUCGCCAAGGCCACCUACAUCCGUAUGAAGGCUGUCGCCCGUCUCUCUGUCGUCGUCGUUAUCACUGCCAUUAUUUUCACCAUUGCUAUGGUUUCCAUGACCUACUGGCCAGCACUCAACGACAAGCAACACAUCAGAUGGUUGUUUAUCAAUCGUGUCGUCGUCGCCCUCUUCAACUAUGCUAUGCUUGUCUGCUGGAAGCCAACCAACGACAAGGACAUGCAAAAGUCAGGCUCUGCUUGGUCUGCCAAGAUGAAGAACAUGGACUUUGUUUCAGGUGAAGACAAGACCAUCGCCACCAACGCCAUGGACACUGAAACUGGUGCCACCUUUACCUCUGGUGAGGAACAAGAACCACAAGAAACUACAGUUUCUGGUACUCCAAUUCACUAA